AUGGGGGCUUUGGGAAAAAGGUUUCUCGUGAAAGAUGAAGAAAUGUUUAGUUUUGGACAAAAACCUAGAAAUUUGAGACUUCGUGAUAAAUGUUGGAAAUUUGUAUUGAGAGGGAAAUCACUACCUUGCAAUUGGAAGUAUGUUAAUGAGUUUAUAGGUAAUGUUUCUGUUGAAAAAAUCCCUAAACUCAAAAACACAUUACGCAGCUCUCAUCUCACACUCUCUCUCGUUUUUCAGUCUCUUACUCUCAUCUCACUCUCAUCUGAUCAGUCUCUUACACUCACUCUCUCACUCUCAUCUCAUCACUCAUCUGGGCCGAUCAACCUCGCAAGAGAUCGACUCUCACUCAUCGCAAGAUCGACCGAUCGACCUCAUACUCUCAUCGCACCGAUCGACCUCGCAGAGAUAGAUGCAGAGAUAGUGAGAGAGGCACUGUGGGGAUGGAGAGUAAAUCUCAGCACUGUAAUAGAGGUGGUGAGUACUCGGUCUUCUUCGGAGCUCCAUCCAAUCAAGCAGGGCUACAGCUUUCGCUAUAAUUUUGAGAUUGAGGAAGACAUUGCCCACAAGACCAACGGCAAUUUUAAAGAGAUUCUUCUUACAGUUGUGAAAUCAAGUGGCAAGUAUGGAGGCAGAGUUGACAUGAGCAUGGCCAUGUACUAUUCAGAACUGAUACAAAGGUAUGACAAUGCUAAACACAGGAUUACUUCAUUUAUCCUAGCCCUGAAAUUUACUUUGAUUCUAAUAGUUUCUUUCCCCUCUCAUUCUCUUUAA